AUGACCCUGCGGUGCCUCGAGCCCUCCGGGAAUGGCGCGGAAGGGACGCAGAGCCAGUGGGGGGCCGCGGGAUCCGCGGAGGAGCCGUCCCCGGAGGCGGCGCGUUUGGCGAAGGCCCUACGGGAGCUCAGUCAAACAGGUUGGUACUGGGGAAGUAUGACUGUUAAUGAAGCCAAAGAGAAAUUAAAAGAGGCACCAGAAGGAACUUUCUUGAUUAGAGACAGCUCGCAUUCAGACUACCUGCUAACAAUAUCUGUUAAGACAUCAGCUGGACCAACUAAUCUGCGAAUCGAAUACCAAGAUGGGAAGUUCAGAUUGGACUCUAUCAUAUGUGUCAAGUCCAAGCUUAAACAAUUUGACAGUGUGGUUCAUCUGAUCGACUACUAUGUUCAGAUGUGCAAGGAUAAGCGGACGGGGCCAGAAGCCCCCCGGAACGGCACCGUUCACCUUUACCUGACCAGACCACUCUACACAUCAGCACCACCUCUGCAGCAUCUCUGUAGACUCACCAUUAACAAAUGUACCGGGACCAUCUGGGGGCUGCCUUUACCAACGAGACUAAAAGAUUACUUGGAAGAAUAUAAAUUCCAGGUAUAAGUGCUUCUCUUUUUCUAACCAUGCCUCAUAUAGAGUCUCUCCGAAUGCAGCUAUGUCAAAGAGAACCAAAACUUGAGUGACUGCUCUGGAUAACUACUCGGGAUUCUAAAAACAGCUGAAGUCAAUCUAAUUUAAACCUGUGCCGAGGUAGCUAGGUAUUUAAAGUUCCCCCAAAUAUUUUCACCUGAGAGUGAUGCUUACCUUCCUGAGGCUGACCAAGACCCGUUAAUCCUCUCAAGUUAAAAACAAAAUGUCCCAAGGAAAGGCUGGAAGGAACGUGUUAUCAGAAUGCCUUAGUAGUAGGUAGUCUGAAUGCCUUUCUGAGGUUCUUCCUUAUUAGGUCAAAGGUCCACGCCCCGGUAGUAGGGAGAGAACUGGAUGCAGGAGUACAGAAGGAGUGGAAGGAAACCAACUGACACCAGGCUUAGCUUCAAUUUUAGAUGCCUGGUGGUCAGAGUCCCCUGUAGGCCAUUUUCUCUUUUUGCAUUCUUGAUGUACCUAGGAGUUUUGUUAAACAGAUAAGCUUGUGAGUAUUUAUCCUUCAUUUAUGCAAUUAACCAAAUCAACCAAAAAGGUGACCAUGAAAUCCUGUAUUUGACUUUUUACUACACCUAUGAACUCUCUCAUGUGAAUGAGUACUGUAGUAAUCCGUUUUAAGGGAGCCUUAUCUCAGAACUAUUUCAAACUGGUGCACACAGAAAAGACUUUGUCUUUUCCUUUAAGGCUAAAGACAAGAAUGUCAUACUCUACAGGUGCAGCUCAACCCCUGUUAAUAAAACCAUGUAGAUACAGACAUUUGAUCCUUUCAAGUAGCUGUGUCCCACCCUGUUGCCAUUGACUUUUUGGAAAUGGCUGUAGAAAUUAACAAGUUGUCCUUGAAUUGUCUAACCACAGACAUCAGCAGUUGUCUCCCUUCUACCAUGUAGAAUACUUUGACUUAAUUCUCUUCCAGAUAUAGGGGGAUACCUGCCUGUUUUUUCAAAGUGUUUAUUUACUGCUGUUACUCUUCGAUUAGAAUGUAUUAAAUAAAAAAAAAACUUUUACAAGUUGCACUUAUUACUUUGGAAUUGUAGAGAACGGACACGUUCAUGGUAAUAGUUGCCAUAAAAACUCACAUCACGUGAAAUCAGCCAAAUAUUCGGCAAGUGGUAGAACAUGACUUACCCUUCUCUAAAGUUAUGGGCCGCGUUAGCCCUUUGCGUUUUGGAAAGCAUGGUUUCGAAAGGACAAGUGUUGUCCAGUGGCCUGGUCUUUUACACAUUGAAUAGGCAUCACACUAAAGCCCUGGGUGCUUCCAAAAACAUGGUUUAGAAACUUACAAAGAUUGUGACACAUCCUGGUCUUCUAUGGGUUGAGUAGGCAUAAUUCAAAAUAAAAAUUAAAAGUUUUAUGGCUAUUUAUUUUUUGUCACACAGUCUCAUGACUGUUGCGGAUGAACCUCUUUAAAUUUUACAGUCCAGACAGUAUUUGUUUUGCCGCCUUAAAAAAUACCUUGCAUAGUUACGUACUCUGGUGUGUCAUUGGGAAAGCGAACGUUGGAGAUCAUGUGUGUGCCCCAAAGUGAAUUAGAAAAUUCAGUUAUAAAUUAUAGUAAAAUCUGCUUAUCUCCAUGUCAUGAAAAUAUUCACAUUUUCAUGAAGCUCUUGAAAAAUGGUUUUGUGCCUGGAAGGAAAACCUAAGCAUGCAUGUCCAAACAGCAGAGCCAAACACAAAAGAUUGCUAGGUGUGCCUUAGAAAGAAAUUUAUUUGUAGCCUAAAAUUUAAAGAAGAGCGAUACUUUUGGGGGUCUGGUCUAUAAUGGGGACCUUUUCAUUAGGGUCUUCAGAUUCUGUGCUUAAUUUGCCCCCUUUCCCCACUGACAACAGUUGUUUAGUGUGGGGUGUCUGAUUUUUCUGGCAAAACCUCCACAGGAUCGGGGCCAGGGGCUUUGGAAUUUCUUUAAGGUCUUCUGCAUUUCUGUUCUCAUUGAUUCAGACUCUGAUACUUGUCACUGCUGAGGGUUGGACAGACAGGUGGGGUAUGAGUACUCACGGGACUGUGGCAAGGUCUGCGUUAGCAUUUAGCAGGUGGCUAGUUAGGAGAAAAGCAGAGGAUAGCGAAGAUCUCUGGGAUGUGCGCUAGAACCAUCACCUUAUGUGUCGGUCUUCCCUGUUCCGAGUAAGUUGAUAAGCAUCAGGAGACAGUCUUUUUCAGGGCGCGGGUGUGGGGGUUGUUUUGCUGUGUUGUUGUUGUUGUUUACAAACAUCGUUUCCUUACUGAGUUUAUUGCGUGUCAAGUUCUCGCUCAGCACUUUACAUGCAUUAUGUCAUUUAAUCUUCACCCCGACCGAAUGAGCAAAGUUCAGUGAUCCCAGGAGGUACACCUGAGGAGGCAUUCCAGGAACGUCCUAGCCCUUUUUAUUCCUGGAGAGGAAUUAUGAAGAGCAAAUUGCUGCUAUUUCUACAUUGAUCCAGACGAACAAGUUAGAACAGGCUGUAAAAGGAAGCCUCAGCCUUUUUACUGCUGCCUCAAUGGGAAAAGUGUGGGUACCUUCAUUAAUGUACUCUGUGGGAUUCGCGUCACCUUGGCCCGGUGGGUUUUUUUCCUGGUGUGGAUGUAAGUCAGGAGAGGGUUAACUGUCUUACUUGGUUGCUGGUAAAUGCUGCCGAUUGUUGCUAGCCCCAUUUUACAGAUCGUCGAACCACCAAGUUAGGAUGUGCACUUGACUAAAUUAUCCUCAACAGAGCUAGGAAAAAUCACCAGUAUUCUUUCCCUACAGAGGGCACUUUGGGACAUCAGUGAGGGUAUGUCUGUCUUAUGGUUGUUACUGUUAAAAGAAUAGAGUACACAGAACUAACCUAUAUCUCCACGGACUUAAAAUAUUUUGAUGUGAGUUUCCACUUUGAGCGGAUUUGUGGCAGUGGAGUUUUUUAUUCCAUCGUAGUGGGCUCUAGGGACUGCUUUUUAGGUACUUGGGGUUUUUUUAGAGCUUUGGACAGUGAAGAAAAGGCAGUUUAGCUUAUGAGCUGAGAGUUCUUUUUUGGCAUGUCAGUAAGAAAGUCUUGACUUCAUAGUAAUUAUGUAAUCCAAAUAGGUAACAGAAUGGGACAGUUGUUUGGAGUGUUUAUUUUCUUGGGAAGGAUUUUUUCUGCUUUUAGAAAAUUGUACCCUGGUAGGAGGGUAGGAGACAGAGACGUCAUCAAAUAAUCCGAGGGAUGGAAUGUCCUGAGACCAGGCCGUGCCCUUCUCGGCUGUCGGUUUAGGCACAGGGUAGUGGGGGUUGAGUGACCGGUUCCAUUUAAACAGCUGAGCUGAGGCCUGUCUUGUCUCUGUGGUCAGGGGCUCGGUUCUAAUGCUUCUACGGGUUGUCAUUCAUUCUAGGCCUUUCAUUUACUAAGAGGCCUGUCACCUCUCCCAGUUUUUUAUUUCCUAGAAUUUUAAAGCUUGAAAUCACUUUUCAGAUCAUGUAUUUUAGCUCUUGACACUUUCCUGAAGAAGGUUUUUCAGACCCAGGAGAUUUGUGUGUACAUGCUCACACACACACCCGGUUCAGCAACUCCAUGGCAGGGUUGGUGUUUGAGCCCAGGUAGUCUAACCUCGGGUUUCGUAUUUGCAAAAGCUGCACCCUUCUACCCUGUGUGUGAAUGGUCCGUGUUCCUCUUUGCUAUCCUGCAAGCCCUACAGUGUUGGUUUUUUUUAAGACUUUAUUUAUUUGAGAGAGAGACAGCAUGAGCAGGGGGGAGGAGGCAGAGGGAGAAGCAGUCUCCCCGCUGAGCAGGGGGCCCGAUGCAGGACUCAAUCCCAGGAUCCCCAGAUCAUGACCUGAGCUGAAGGCAGCCGCUUAACCAACUGCACCACCCAGGCGCCCCCCUACAGUGCUUUUAACAUCACAUUUUUUUGCCUCUGAAAAUUUAGAGCGGGCCUUUGGAAUGCUAUGUGGGAUAAUACCAGUUCUUGGCUCCUUCCACCCCAACCCUGGGGAGAGUUUCUGCUGGGGUUCAUGAUGUCCUGAAUCCACAUUAGAGUGUGGCAUUAAUUUUAACUCCUCUACGUUUCUAACCUAUCUGCUGCUUUAAAAUCUGAAACCUGCCAUCCAUGUGUGUUUUGUGAUCUCCUUUCUAUCUCUGCCAGAGGGGACUCACACCCAGCCAUGGGUGCCUGGGUGACCCCCCACCCUCCCGUCCUCACCAGUGGAGCCCCUUCUGUGUUUUGCCCGUUCCUGGGCAUAAUGGCACAGUGAAUUCCUGCCUGCCUUUCUCCCCGUUGUGUCAUAAAUGGGCCUUUUAGCUCAUCUGACACAGCCCUGCUCAGCCUUAUUUACUGCAGUGAAAGAGAGUAAUUAUCUUCUCCUUGAGUUGGGUAACCCAGUGAUUUAAAAUAUCUAAAGAUUAAAUCUGUCCCCAAUCUCUCUUUGAUUCCUUUCAGGUUGUGAAACAAGGCGGUGGCCCCAAAUGCCACACUUUGCUUAUGGGCAUGUUUUUAUGUGUAUGUGUGUGUGUGUGUUUGAUGUAAAGUACCGGACGCCCCUUCUUCACUGUUAAAUUGCACUCCAUUUGAAUGGAAGGGAAAUGCCCUCCACCCCUCCUUUCUCACCUCUGUAAGCAUGAAUCUGUGAUCAUUUUGUUUCUGUCCUCCCGCGUAGGCCUCUUUUGUCCUCAGAUUCUCACCACAUAUUUUUGAUUUUUCUGCUUUUUCCUCUCU